GAACUGCGCAGGGGGGCAAGAUUAACUGAUUAAUUCCCUGUGCACAGCACGGAACAUUCCACUAGUUUAUUUAAUAUUGAUUUUAUUGAUUAAUAUGCUAUAUAUUUAUUAUAUAUUUAUUAGUAUUGACUUUAUGCUAUUGACAAUAUAUCGUGUGGGUUCGAAAAUGCGAAUUACGUGUUGAGAAGAUGCACUAUACUGUGUCUUGUUGUGCAGGUUUUCUAUUGUGAUCAUCAUACCCACCGUUGCGCAUUGCGAAGUGGAGUCGUAUUGAAUCUUACAGUAUUAAUUCAGAUUGAGAAACCAAUCAUGUAUUUAAAUGUACAUUGUAAUGUUUCCUAUGAUAUUUAAAAGAUUUGUUAAUUACGUGUCAUCUCGUAAUGUACCUUUCUAAAACAAAUAAUUGGUUACACGGAAGAUCUAGAAUUUGUAUAGCAGCUGAUGUGUAAAGAUGGCCAAGUUUAAUACAAACAAACAGUGAUCAACGAUACACUGGUUUGAUAGCUUUCUCUGUAUGUAUAAGUAAUUAGUAACAACCCUUAAUUUGUUGUAUAAUAAAAAAUGGCAUAUGAUCCACGCAAUAUAAAAUACUCCUCAGAGAUGCAUAGCCAUCAACAUAACCAGCCUAACAUGACUGGAUAUACGUAUUCUGUGCAUUCGGCACAUGUUCAACAAACGGAUGAAAAUAGGAACGAGAACAACUGUGGAAAUAAAGAAACAUGCUCACAAAUAUCUCAUCAAUCUUCAGGCACACAGACUAUUCAGAAAGUAGAUGCAGCAACUAUGACUGAUCCUCUUCAAAUAGACUUUAGACUUACCUCUGAGUAUUUAGCACGAUGUUCUAGUACAUUGGGCUUACCAUAUGUAACUAAAUAUGAAGAAAAUAUUAAUAAUACAACACAUAACUGUCAAGAAAUUCGACCAAAAAUUGAGUUUGAAGUUGAGCCACAACAUAUAAAUGGAGUGUUAAUUUAUCAGUGCCCAGAAUGUGCAUACAAAUUUGAAGAUCAAGAAGCAUUACAUGAACAUCUUGAGGAUCACAGACAACGACCUCAUAUUUGUGAUAUUUGUGGUGCAAGUUUAAAGCGUAAAGAACAUUUAGAUCGUCACAAACAAGGACAUAAUAAGAAUAGACCUUAUCAGUGUAAUAUGUGUUGUAAAGCAUUUAAACGCAAUGAACAUCUUGCUCGACAUAUGAUCAUUCACUCAGGUAGCAAAAAUCAAGUUUGUACAGAAUGUGGUAAAGCUUUUUAUAGGAAAGAUCACUUAAAAAAACAUUUGCAAAGUCAUAAUAGUAGUAGAAGUAAAAGUCUGAGUAGUUCACAGAGUACCAGCCAAAAUAAUGGUGAAGAAGGGUUGAGUAAUUUUGCGAUGAUAAUGAGGCAAACAGGACCACCACCGUUUUCUAUUUUGCGUACUUAAUAUAAUUUUACUUUAAUGUUAAAGCAAAGUUGUUUUAUAAUUUAGACAAUUUAAAAUUAAGCGAUUGAUACAGCGAGCGUUAUUGAAAACACUUUUACGAUUAUAAUAGAAUAGUUGUUGACAGUUCUAAAUUUUGUAGUUAUCUACUAUUAACCUAAAGAUACUACUUUCAGAUAUUAAAAAAAAAAUCGGCUCUAAAAUAUUUAUAUACAUUUUGUUUCUAAUUGUAACAUACUUCUAACGUGCACAAUAUUCUUAAAGUAAGAAUGUACCUGUUAAAA